UUUUCUCUCACUUAUUUCUCUCUCUCCACUGGGACCUAACUGGGUAUAUUGUCUCUCUUGACCACAAUACAUUGUACAUACACACAACAAAAACACAGUUGGAGUUUGUUCAUCAACUUGGGUUUUGAGACACUGAUGAUCUUGCUUCCAAAUCUCAUUGCUUUUAUGCACUCAUUCUGAGUCUUGGAUCUGUGUCUCUCUCUGACAAGGUUCUGAUUUUGUGGGGCAUAUGAUUGAAAACUUGGAUCUGUUGCUUUUAGUCUUUUAGUGGUAAAAAGUUAUGAAAUAUGGAGUGAAUUAUUAACACUAAUAAUAGUUUACUGGGGAUCCAAACUAUGGGGUCUCAAGGUGGUGGUGAUAAUAAUGGAAAACAUUCACAGCUCCAGCCAUUGGUGCGGGAAAACUCAAUGUACAGUCUCACACUUGAUGAGGUUCAGAAUCAAUUAGGUGACUUAGGAAAGCCACUAUGUAGUAUGAACCUCGAUGAGCUUCUAAAAAAUAUAUGGACUGCUGAGUCAAACCAGUCCAUUGGUAUGGAAAUUGAGGGCACAACUCAAGCUAGUGAAGCUGCUCUGCAGCAUCAGGCUAGUCUGCCAUUAACUAGUGCACUAAGCAAGAAGACAGUUGAUGAGGUUUGGAGAGAUAUCCAACAAAGCACAGAUAACAAGGAGAAGAAAUUGAGAGAGAGACAGCCUACUUUGGGAGAGAUGACAUUGGAGGAUUUCUUGGUGAAGGCAGGGGUUGUUGCUGACGCGUCUAAUAAAAAAAGUACUGGUCCUAUAGUUGGUGUUAGCUCAAAUGUAGCUGCACAACAGUUUCCUCCACAAGGUCCGUGGAUACAAUAUCCGCAACCUCAAUUUCAGCAUCCACAACAAAGUUUAAUGGGGGUUUAUAUGCCUAGCCAGAAUAUAGCACAGCCAUUACACAUGGGGGCUGGUGCUGCAUUGGAUGUUCCAUAUGCAGAUGGUCAGGUGGCACUGCCUUCACCUAUGAUGGGAACCUUGUCAGAUACAAAGCGACCUGGGAGAAAACGGGGCACACCAGAGGACAUAGUAGAAAAGACUGUUGAGAGGAGGCAGAAGAGGAUGAUCAAGAAUCGGGAAUCUGCUGCCCGUUCAAGAGCAAGGAAACAGGCUUAUACAACUGAAUUAGAGAACAAAGUCUCACAUCUCGAAGAGGAAAACGAAAAACUGAGGAAACAGAAGGAGCUAGAGAACAUGUGGUCCUGUGCUCCACCUCCUGAACCUAGAUAUCAGAUUCGCCGAACAACAUCGGCUUCAUUCUGACAUCUAUACCUGUAAGUGGAGGUUUGUAGAUAUGAGCAUCAAGGGAUGCUCCUUCUAUUUUAAUGUGAGUUGGUAACUAUCUUCUGGUUUCUCAGGAAUAGCUAUUUGAUGCAUUGCAUCCAAUGGCUUAUUUUUUGUUAUUAGGUCCGUUUAAUUAUAACACCUCAGUGAAAUCCUUGUGGUAAAAAUUUCCUGGGGAAUAUUAUAGUUUACCAUUCAUUAUAUAGCCUUUUUAAUCUUCAUGGGUUGGGUAUAGUAUGAAAUCUUGGGGAUGGCAUGCUUGUUG